UUUUCUAAUUGAAAUGUAUGUUUUCAGUUUUCUUCUUCCACUAUAUAAUAACCUCAUUCUAUCUUAUACUGACAUAAUUAGUACUACAUUUCAAAAACUGAGAGAGUAAAGAGAAAAGAAGAGAGAUCUUUUAGUUUAUUAGAACAUAAGCAUGGAGAAGGAGGAAGAUGUAAAGGUUGGAGCAAACAGAUUCUCAGAGAGACAGCCAUUAGGGACAGCAGCUCAAAGUGACAUCAGAGACUACAAAGAAGCACCACCAGCUCCAUUAUUUGAGCCUGGUGAGCUUAAGUCAUGGUCUUUUUACAGAGCUGGAAUUGCUGAGUUCGUAGCUACUUUCUUGUUCUUGUAUAUCACCAUUUUGACUGUAAUGGGUGUUAACAGAUCAACCUCCAAAUGUUCCUCUGUUGGCAUUCAAGGUAUUGCUUGGUCUUUUGGGGGUAUGAUCUUUGCACUUGUUUACUGCACUGCUGGAAUUUCAGGUGGACACAUAAACCCAGCUGUGACAUUUGGUCUCUUUUUGGCAAGGAAGCUCUCACUAACAAGAGCUAUAUUCUACAUUGUGAUGCAAUGUCUUGGGGCUAUUUGUGGUGCUGGUGUGGUGAAAGGUUUUGAAGGUAAUGCUAGGUAUGAGUUGUUCAAAGGUGGAGCUAAUUUUGUAAAUCCUGGAUACACUAAAGGUGAUGGACUUGGAGCUGAGAUUGUUGGUACCUUUGUUCUUGUUUACACUGUUUUUUCUGCCACUGAUGCCAAGAGAAAUGCUAGAGACUCUCAUGUUCCUAUAUUGGCUCCUCUUCCUAUUGGGUUUGCUGUGUUCUUGGUGCACUUGGCUACAAUUCCCAUUACAGGAACUGGCAUUAACCCAGCUAGGAGUCUUGGAGCUGCCAUCAUCUUUAACAGAGACUUAGCUUGGGAUGACCAUUGGAUAUUCUGGGUUGGACCUUUUAUUGGAGCUGCUCUUGCUGCUGUGUAUCACCAGAUUGUCAUCCGAGCCAUUCCUUUCAAGACAAGGGCUUGAUUGAGACUUUUCUUAUCUUUGCUUGUUUGUAAUGUAAUCUUCUUGUGUCUUGUUAAUCACUUUGUAUUAAUUAAUCCAUCAUUUGGGUGUAAAUUGUUUCCUUCAUUAAUGUUCACUUCAAAGAAGAAUGUGGAUCAUUCUUUUCUACUAA